UUGUGAUAACACUACUAAAUUUCAUAAUGGUAGUAACAUUCGCAUUCGGACGCAAGGAUACAUAAGUGGGGCACACAAAUUGGUCGGGAGUGUGAAAAGGAUUUGUGAAUUUUUUUGGAUACAUUCGAAGCAGAAAAUGAGUAAAAUCUUCAGAUCAAAAUCAAGUGAUUUCGAAAACGAAGCUUUGGAAGCACACAACGAGUACAGAAAAGAACAUGGAACACCACCGCUGGUUUUAAAUAAAGAAAUUAGUAAAGUAAGUCAAAAAUGGGCAGAGGAGUUGGCUAAAAAUGAUAAUAUGGCGUAUAGUGUAAAUCAGACAUACGGAGAAAGUAUUUAUUGUGGCUGGACUCCAGACCCAAAUGUUAAAAUACGGGCGAAAGAUUGCGUCGACAGAUGGUACAGUGAAAUCAAUGACUAUUCUUUCGGAAAGGAACCCGACGUAUUAAAUUGUGGGCAUUUCACACAAAUCAUUUGGAAAGGCACUAGAGAGCUUGGAGUUGGUAACGCUAAAAGUAAAUCCGGUAAACUGUAUGUUGUCGCCAAUUAUUAUCCUCCGGGCAACUUCAGUGGCCAAUUCGUUAAAAAUAUUCCGCCACCUGGGGCUUUACAAUUCCGUUCAACCUCAAGUUACAGUUCUACAAGUACCCCAAGAGAAUCUAAUAAUAAUUUGGCACCUCCAUCUCCCAAUCAUAGAAACAGCAAAAAUCUAAGUGAUUAUGCGUCCGACUUGGUCACAAUAUUCAGGUCAACAUCAAUAUCGGACAAUAAGUUUGAAGAGGAAUUUCUGCAAGCACAUAAUGAAUACAGAAGUAAACAUAAAGUACCACCACUUGAGCUUAGUAAGAAGCUGUGUAAGUAUGCUGAAGAAUGGGCCAAGACUAUAGCUAAAAAGGGCAGAGUAGAGCAUCGAGACCAAAACGAAUAUGGCGAAAACAUAUUCUACGCUUGGUCUAGUGACCCUAACUUUAUACUAACUGGAAGGGCCCCUGUAGAUAAAUGGUACAGUGAAAUAAAGUGCCACACAUUUGGGAAAGAGCCUGCUAAUUUAGGCUCCGGACAUUUUACCCAAGUCGUAUGGGAAGACAGCAAAGAAGUCGGCGUGGGCGUUGCCAGAACUAAAGAAGGUCAAGUUUAUGUUGUGGCUAAUUAUUUCCCACCCGGCAACGUAAUGGGAAGUUUUGGAAGUAAAGUUCAUCCACCUGCUAAUUAAAAUUUCGAGCCAAGUAAACUGCAACCAAAGACUUUUUACAUUCCAAAGAAAUAAAUUAUGUUAUUUAAUUAUUCAGUAUUUUUAAACAUGUUGCAUUUAGACAUGAAAAAAGUGAUAUUGUAGAUAAACUAUUUAAAUAUAAUUUGAUAUUACAAAAAUAAUAAUGUAGAUAAUAAGGUCCGAACCACCCGAGUAGCCCGAAAAGUAUACAAUAAGACCUCACAACAAUGUAAAGAAUAAUAUCAGAAAUAAUUUAAAAGAGCACGUCAACAUUAUGAACAAAGACAACUAUAAAGUAUUAUGAAGAUUUAUAACGUGACUACUCGUAAUAUUAACUAUAAAUUUGGGCAUAACAUAUUGUACGUCCUUUGUUUUUAAUUGCGGGUUCCAUUGGCACUAAAACAGUUUCAAUUUGUCUAAAUUUGAUCUUCUGUCUGUUGAAUUCUACUUAACUGCGAAAGAG